AUGCACGUGCGCGUGUGCGCGCGAGAGGAGGAAAGAAAAGAAAAACGACGGAACACGGUACAGCUGGCUGGCGCCUGGCGCGGCAUCUCCAUCUCAUCGAUCACAUGCCUGCACAUACGGUACGUCCUCGUUUCGGCCGUCGCGCGCCUCGCUUCUUCGCUGGAAGGGUACGUCCUCUUGGUCAACCGGAACACCGAGCAGAGUGUCUGGUACAACGUCCACACGCAGGCCCUGCAAAUCUACCCCAAGGAGUCCCACGCCGGCGUCCAUGACUUUCUUGAGUUCCACACGCUCCCUGCCGACCGAGAGGACCAGAAGCCAUCACGUGUCGUCUGCGUCCAUAACGACCGCGUGGCCGUCUUCUCGUCUCACGCCAUGGAAUGGCGGGUCUUCCCGGAGCCCGGGUCGCCGCUGCUUGAGGGCGACAGGUACACGAUUAGUAUUGUUGUCAAUGGUUUCGUCUGUUGGCUGUAUCAAGACUGCAUUCUUGCGCUCAACACUUCUACCUUUCAGUUCUCCCUAGUGUAUCUGCCGCCGCCGCCCUUGGGAUGGUCAGAUUCCAACUCAAAUUUCAAUAUUGGUCAGACCAAGGAUGGGGAUCUCUGUAUGGUACAUGUACAGGAAUGCAAGCUUUUUGUUUGGCUCUGGACAGCCGACACUGACGGUGUCCAGAGAUUUAUGCUGCACAAGACGUUUCCGUUGCACACAAGUGUUAAGGAGAUCACCAAGCGUUCAACGGAGGAUAUUGCUGAUGUUGGAUUGCAGCUUAUAAUAGUUAUCGAUGGCUUUGUGUACCUAUCUGUUGUCCACGGCGGAGAUCCGCAAUCUUGCUGGUUUCUCUCCGUCUGCCUCGAAACAGCAGAGGUGAACUUCCUCUUUAAGACAACAUCUUGUUCUUACUGUUUCGAUCCGUACAUCAUGGCCUGGCCUCCUUCUUUGAUACACAGCAAGGAUUCAGAAACUGAAGUUACUGGCGAAAGUGUUGGUGAUAAUGGUCGUGUGGGUAAAGAAGAGGCAUCUCCUGUCCUUUUCACAGCACUGCGAUCAUUCAAAGAAGCUUUGAUUGAUGAUGACAACGUAAAAUUCGCGGAGAUGAAUGCCUUCUUACUUGACGAUGAGAUUAACUCUCUUCAGACAAAAAUCACUACUUUAGAAGCAGGAUUAGCAGCUGCGAGACACUGUAUCUUGAGAAUAGGUGCUCACUCUGAGAUCUACAAGAAACGGAAGAAAAGACAGAGUUGGUGGCAAAUGUGCAAGGGGAUGUUGUGGAGAGCUUGUUUCCGUUUUUUAGACGGUUGAUCUUGGUGUGGUGUCUUUCAUCUCAGAGUCAUGCUUCUGUUGAAGUGCUGAAUUGCUACUUUAGUUUUGGAUGGCGUGAAU